AUGCAUCAUCUACUUUCAUCAACUCCUCCAUUAAACACAUGCAUACAUCUCAUCCAUUCUCGCUUCAUUAACUCCAACGUGAAAACAAUCAACACACAUUCCGUUCAACAGUUCUCUCAUUUCAUUCAUGUUCUCACACGUCAAUGCGACACAUUCACCAUUCCAAUAGCUCAGCAUAACAAUGCCAAUUCUACACCACACUCUCAUACACUCCAACUCCACACAGUAGAUAUUCAUUCGGAAUACUCAACAAAACUCAAUCUCCACUAU